UCUCUAGUCACCUCUAAAAUGAGGGGCGCAAGCGAUCGGUUCCCUCUUUCUCCUUUUUACAGUUGAGUAAACUGAUGCGCCCCUUCCCCGCACCCCAUCCCUCACAGGACAGGGCCUGAGAGAAGGGACCCAGGACUUAUGCUUCGAGUCCAAGGUUUUUUCCCCUGCACAUUUCAUAAGUUUCUAAAUUUACAAAUGCAGGGUACCUGUGCAUGUGUGCGGGGGCCUCAGGGGGUGGCAAUUUGGGGCCUCACUAGGGAGGGUUACGGACGCCACUCUUAAGUUAUCUCAACGUUAUCCAGGUGGAUGAUUAUCACUCAGCAGGACAGGUCCUGACUUCACCAAGAGGCUGGAGAAACUGCUCACAAUCACCGGGGCUGGAGGCCUUGAGGACUCAUUUAAGAAACGUAUCGAGCACCUACUGUUUACUGGGGAGACGCUGGAGAACACAGGCAGCACCCUGUGACCGGGCAAUGGUGACUUAGUGUGGCCUGGGGAGAGGAGAAACACCUGACACUGGCCAUGAAGACCCUCCGGGCACGAUUUAAGAAGACAGAGAUUCUCCAUUUACCUGCCCCCACCUCUCCCUCCAUCUGCCUAAAGGUGUCUAAGAAUAAUCACGGACAACAGCAGUGAUCCUGCCUCCGGGUACACUGGGUGAUACCUGGGACGUUUACGGUUUUCACAUGGUGUGUGUGGGGGGGGUGUUUCUGGACCAGGGGUGCCGCUCAACACCCCACAGAGUCCAGGAUGGCCCCACCCCAGGGAAUGACCAGGCCCCAAGUGUCAGCAGUGCCUCUGGGUGGAGGAACCCGGCUCUAUAGUGUUCCUUCCAUUAUCUAUCCCAUUGUUAAAGAAUUGAGGCCCAGAGAGGGAGAAUGGCUGGCCCUGGGUCACACAGCAACUAUACAAUGGCCAAGCUGGGUUCAAAGCCCCAGUGCCUGUCAGCAGUCACUGCUCUUAAAUUUGGGUUCCUGAAGGCCUGUCUCCUCACUCAUCCCUUCUCUCCCCUGUAAUCCCAAUCUUCUCCCUUCUCCUGGUCCCUUCUCGAAUUUGCAUCCACAACACAGUGGACUAUCCUGACUUUUGGAACCAUCUGUGGCUCUCCUGAAACCCCACACUCCUGGUUUCCCGCGCCUUCCCAGGACCCCCUCCUCCAGCUCCUAUGCUAGCACCUCUCCUCCUCUGCCCCCACCCUUAAGUAUGCACACCCCUGCCCCACCCCACGCCCCAGGUCCUGGACCAGGGCAGAGGCUACCGCACUGGUCCGGGAGAGCAAUUUAUUUCAUGAUUUCUCCCAAACAUGAUCUUGUUCCUGCCCCUCCCCAACUCCUGCCCAUUCUUCAAGUUUCAGCUCAGAUGUCCUUUCUUCCAGGAAGCCCUCCCUGACUCCCCAGAUGAUAUCAAGAGUCCUCUCUGAGCUCCCAGCUCACCUGGGCUUCCCUCAUAAUAGCCCUGAUCACCUUGGUUCAUAAAUCCAUGGAUGUGUCUGUCUCCCCAGGGACCUCAGUGAUAGCAGGGACAUCUGUCUUCAUCACCACUGAGUCCCAAUGCCCAGUGCAGUGCCAGGCACCCUGUAGCACAAGUGGACUGAAUGAAUGAAAUACACGUGGCUCAGAGGACUUGGCUUUGUGAGUCACACAUUAACAGAGCAAACAUUCACCAACUGCCCACUCCACCCUGGGGUGCCCACCCCACCCUGGCCUCUGCCAGGGAGGCCUCAGUGGGACCCUGCUCGAAAGGGGCUUCCAGUCUGAGAAAAGCAGCAGAACACAGACCCUCCCAGCCCCUUGGAGUUAGAGCCAAAGGCUGUGUCCAUUCUGUCUUUCAGUGGUUUAACUGAGCACCUACUAUGUCCUGCGUCCCUAGGAUUCAGUAUUAGAUAUGCACACAGCCCAACCACAUCUUUCUUUGAAUCCGUGUUUAUGGUGCACUAUGUUCCAGGCCCCAUAUAUAGCAUCUCAUUUAGUCUUCCCAGUAACCCUCUGCAGUAGGUACUGUUUAAUAUGAAACCCAUUUCCCGGAUGAGGAAAGUGAAGUCCAAAGCAGGUAAGUAUCUGGGCCGAUCUUAUAGAUGGUAAAUGCGGGUGUGUGGAGGGCAGGGGGCGUGGGGAGGGGGUGCCCUGGAUUCAAAUUCAGGUUUGUCAGACUGCAGAGCCCCGCUGGUGGAUGAUGAAUGAAUGAAUGAGUGAAUGAAUGAGUGAGGGAGAGCCCGGAUAGCCCAGCGGCAGUGGAACCAGACCAGGAGUCACCUGAGACCACCCCCCGUAUCCCACACUCCCCCUCUUCCCCGCCCCCCCCCCCCCCAGAGAGGCGGAGACGAACGCAGGCGGGUCCAUGGAGAUCCUGGGAGCCUGGCCCUCUUUGCCUCAGCCUCCCGGUGGCAAGAAGGUCAGGUCGGGCCACCGCGGUGCCCCUCCCCCAGAGCCCAGCCCCCUUCCCUGGCACUCCCCCCGACCCGUAGGGGAGAGGCCGGGAGGGGGGCAGCAGGCGGGGCGCGCGGGGGAGGUUUGGCGCGGGGCUUGGCGGGACCGCGCGGGCCGGGCGGCCGAGCCCCGGCAUCGCGGGCCCUUCCCUCUGGUCACCUCCCGGAGCCCGGCCGCCCGGCGCCCUGGACACCAUGAAGCAGCUGUGCCUUUGCGCCGCCGCCUCCUUCGCGCUGCGGCUCAGCCCCACUGACCUUGGCUCCUGCCCACCCUGCGGCCCCUGCCCCAUCCCGAAGCCGGCAGCCAGAGGCAGGCGCCAGAGCCAGGACUGGGGCAAAAGUGACGAGCGGCUGCUGCAGGCCGUGGAGAACAAUGAUGCCGCACGGGUGGCCUCCCUCAUUGUCCGCAAGGGGCUGGUGCCCACGAAGCUGGACCCCGAGGGCAAGUCCGCAUUCCACCUGGCGGCCAUGAGGGGUGCAGCCAGCUGUCUAGAGGUGAUGCUGACACACGGCGCCAACGUUAUGAGCACGGAUGGGGCAGGUUACAGUGCCCUCCACCUGGCCGCCAAGUAUGGGCACCCUCAGUGCUUGAAGCAACUACUGCAGGCAUCCUGCGUGGUGGAUACUGUGGACAGUAGUGGGUGGACGGCCCUGCAUCACGCAGCGGCUGGCGGCUGCAUCUCCUGCUCAGAAAUGCUCUGCUCCUUCAAGGCACAUCUGAAUCCCCGAGAUCGGCUGGGUACAACACCCCUCAUCAUAGCAGCUCAGAUGUGUCACACAGAUCUGUGCCGCCUCCUCCUGCAGCAAGGGGCUGCUGCAAAUGACCAGGACCUUCAGGGCAGGACGGCCCUGAUGCUGGCCUGUGAGGGAGCCAGCCCCGAAACAGUGGAGGUGCUGCUGCAGGGUGGGGCCCAGCCGGGCAUCACUGAUGCGCUGGGCCAGGACGCUGCUCACUACGGCGCCCUGGCAGGGGACAAACUCAUCCUACACCUCCUGCAGGAGGCCGCCCAGCGCCCCUCAGCACCCAGCGAGGAUGACUCAGGCGAGGCAUCAUCUCAGAACUCUGUGUCCAGCCAUGAAAAGCAAGGGGCCCCCAAGAAGCGAAAGGCACCUCAGCCCCCUGCCAAUAUCCCGAUGCCGGAUGAUCAAGAUGCCUAUGAGGAGAUCGUGCGGCUGCGACAGGAGAGGGGCCGCCUGCUGCAGAAGAUCCGGGGCCUGGAGCAGAACCAGGAACGGAAGAAGCAGGAGCUGCCAGAGGCGGAGGCCAGCUCCCUCCACAGCCUGGAGAGACAGGUGCAAGAGCUACAGCAGCUGCUGGCAGAGAGGCAGGAGGAGAAGGAGAGUCUAGGACGGGAGGUGGAAAGUUUGCAGAGCAGGCUGUCCCUGCUGGAGAAUGAGAGGGAGAACACCAGCUAUGAUGUGGCCACCCUGCAGGACGAGGAGGGUGAGCUGCCCGACUUCCCAGGGGCUGAGGCGCUGCUCUCCAAGCACCUAAGCCCAUCGGCCCAGGAUCUCUUGGCCUCGCUGCAGGAGCAGGUGGCCACGCUCACCAGACAGAACCAGGAACUGAUGGAGAAGGUCCAGAUCCUGGAGCACUUCGAGAAGGACGAGAUGGAGGCUGACAGUCUGGCCGAGGUCAUCCCUCUGGCGCUGUACAACUCUCUCCGGGCUGAGUUUGACCAGCUCCGCAGGCAGCAUGCCAAGGCCCUGCAGGCGCUGGGGCAGCAGGAAGCACAGGAGGGCCCUGGAGAAGAGGAGGCAGCCCCUAGGGAGGGCAACGGCCUGGGAGCCAAGGCCGCCAGAAACGGACCAGUGGAAGCAGAGCUUAACGGCACUGCAGCUCCGGAAACUAGAGUUAAUGGAGCCGAGAGCACAGAUGAGGAGGCUGCGGGAGUAGAAACCACGGAAGCCAGAGCUUUGGAAGCAGCAUCCAUGGUGGCAGAGGCCACGGAAACAAGACCCACGGACGCUGAGGCCACAGAAACAGAGGGUGUGGGCGCCGAGCGCUUGGAAACAAAGGCCGCGGGGGCUGAGGUCACAGAAACGAAAACUCUAGAAGAAGGAGGAAACUCAGAAACAGAGGCCACGGGAGCAGAGUCCACAAAUAUGAAAACAGAGGAACCAGAAUGGAAGGCCAGUGGAACAGGUGCUGUGCAGGAAGAGCUCACAGGCACAGGGACCAUGAAAACGGAGGCCGUGGGAGUGGAGGCCACGACCCCGAGGGUCACCACAGGCCCCACCUUGCACCCCAGUGCUGCUGAGCUGGAGGCGGCCCACGGCAAGUGUGAGCCCGCGGAGGCCGAGGGUGGUGGAGCUGGCGGGGUCAGCAGCGGUGACACAGGCCAGCUGCGGGCCGCCCUGGAGCAGGCCCGGGAGGACCUCCGAGACCGGGACUGCCGCCUCCGGGAGAUGGAAGCGGCCUCAGCCCAGCUGGACGAGGCCCAGGCCGGCCGGCUGUUGGCCGAGGAGGAGGCUCGAGGCCUGCGGGCAGAGCUGGCCCAGCGGGAGGAGUUGCGGCUGGAGCUGAGCCGGGAGGUGCAGGCCCUACGGGAGCAGCUGGCUACGGCCGCAGCCGCCGGGGAGCAGCAGCGGGCUGCGGCCGUCAAGCUGGGCCAGGCGCGGGACGUGGCUGAGGCCCGGGCUUCUGAGCUGGCCGCGGCCUGCGAGGAGGCUCGGCGGGGCCUGGCGGAAUUGCGUGAGGCCUCCGAGGUGCUCCACCAGUCAGUGGUGCCAGCCUCGGAGCAUCACCGGCUGCAGGAGGAGGCCCUGGAGUUGCGGGGACGGGCGGCCAGCCUGGAGCAGGAGGUGGUGGCCACAGGCAAGGAGGCCGCCCGUCUGAGGGCAGAGCUGGAGCGCGAGCGUGUAGGCAGCGUGGCCCGCCUGGAGCACGAGCGCAUCGUGGAUGCCCUGCAGGCCAACGUGGCCCAGCUGCAGGGGCAGCUGGAGGAGCUGGGGCGACGCCACGAGAAGACCAGCGCCGAGGUCUUCCAGGUGCAGCGGGAGGCGCUAUUCAUGAAGAGUGAACGGCACGCGGCCGAGGCCCAGCUGGCCACCGCAGAGCAGCAGCUGCGGGGGCUACGUACUGAGGCCGAGCGGGCACGCCAGGCCCAGAGCCGUGCCCAGGAGGCCCUGGAGAGCGCCAAGGAGAAGGACAAGAAGAUCACAGAGCUCUCCAAGGAAGUCUUCAGUCUUAAGGAGGCACUGAAGGACCAGCCGGGAGCCCCAGGCUCCUCGGACGUGGAGGCCCUUCGCGGCCAGGUGAAGGCUCUACGGGAGCAGCUGGAGGAAGCUGCCAGGGACCACAGUGCCGUGGUGGCCUUGUAUAGGAGCCACCUCCUCUACGCCAUUCAGGGUCAGAUGGAUGAAGAUGUACAGCAGAUUCUGAGUCAGAUCCUGCAGAUGCAAAGACUCCAGGCCCAGGGCCGCUGAGGUCAGAGCACCGCCCUCUGCCUUCCAGGCCCCGAGUCGGGGCUCCCAGACUCACGCGCUGACCAUCCGCACUUGGAGACCAGCCUGGGCUCCUUCCCAACGAUCCCUCACUGCCUCCACGGCCCCACUGGUCCCUGCAUGCGCUGGUCAGUCUAGACCCGGGCCCUGACCGUGUACCCUUCCCUGCGCCGGAGAAUUUGUGAGUCCCCUCCCUCACGUCUGGUCUUAUCAUCAGACGCCACCCCAGGAAUAAAAGCUCACGGAGCAGAGGAUGAAAGCAUCGUGUGGCCUGAUUGCUGGGCUCCCACUGCAAAGCGGGGAAGGGGCGGCCCAGAGCAGGGACUGGGGAUUAGGGUGAGGAGAGCAAGGCAGGACUCAGUCCCCGAGAGGAACACUGUUACUAUGUCACUGCAAUAUCUUUUUUCUUUCUUUUUUUGGCCACGCCACGCAUCCUCUUAGUUCCCAGACGAGGGGUUGAACCGUGCCUCCUGCCUUGCAUGCGCGAAGUCGUAACCACUGGACUGCCAGGGAAUUCCCCAGUUACUGCACUAUUUUUAAAAGUCAGAAGGGGUUCCCAAAAGUUCAUAAUGAACAAAACAUGCAAAUGUCAAAUGAAGACAGAAUCUGAGGCUGCACGACUUACCUCACUGUCCUCACCCUAAACCCGGCCCUGGUGGGAGUGUCCCACACCCUCCCACAGCCUCUUUGCCUCUGGGCCAACCCCCUGAAAUCCCCUGGGGGUUCCUGGCUCUUUCCAGCUCCGUGUCCAGCCUGUUCCCCAGGUUUCCUCAGCGUCCAGCAGUGGCUCUGCCUGUCCCCGGGCGUCCCAGGCCCUUGGAGAAUGUCCACGGUUCGGGGCUACCUUCCCAGAGCCUGGGUUUCUGCCUCUCUGUGGCCUGGAGCGUGGAAUGUGGCUGGUGGGGGUGGGGGUCCCCAUCUCUGUGGUUGAUGAGUGAUGGGCAUCUUCUGUCGGUGCCAGCUGCUCUCUGUUCCUCCCCGCCCUGGCCUCUCUCUGUUUUUCUCCCUGUCAUCAUGGCCCUCCCU